ACAUUAUUUAUUUACUGAAAAUCAUAGUUUCCUGAGAGGUCAUGGCCGAUGAUGAUGAUAAACCAAAGAAGCACACCUUGGACACUCUAUUCGCGGUGUAUGCCAACCACCAGGUAAUACCCACGGAGAUCGAGAACGAGGUUUUCGAUGGCAUCCUGCUCUCCCAACUAGAUGCCUGGCUGGAGCAGGCCAAGCUCAUGCCGAAUCCCAUUACACGCACUCAAACGGGUCUCAUCUACAUGCGUUACAAGAAAUGGCGCUUGGAGUACGAAGAUUUUCUGGAGGUCUUGCAGCAAUUGGCCUUAGAUAACGACCUUGGACUGGAUGAAAUGAAGCAGACGAUGCUCGACGCUGGAGUUCCAUCUGGCGACACCGGCUUGGUGGCAGUCAAGUAGU